GCUGCAAUCUCCGGCGAUAUUACCACUUUGGAUUCACUGAUGGGCUUUGGAUUCAGCGUCGAUACGAGAGCAGAUGAUCAAUCAACUGCACUACACUGCGCUGCCAGAAGUGGUCAGGCAAGGACGGUUCAGUAUUUGCUCGACAAAGGCGCUAGUUGUAACACGUUCAACGAUAAGCGCAGACAACCACUGCAUGAGGCCAUCUUGAGCGGCGAUUCAGACACAUUGAAAGCCUUGAUCCAAUACACACCGGAAGGCAAACACCCAUACAUAAACAAGGAUACCAUGCCUUACCUUGCACUAACUAAGAAUAUGGAAGUAUUUGAUCUUGCAAUUCAUGUUGCCGCCCGAUACGGACGCACCGAGAUAAUCGAGCAAAUGCUUCAUCUCGGCAAUCUCAAUCUUCAAUGUCGAGACAGGGAAGAUUAUACACCUCUACAUUACGCGGCAUUCAAUGGGCACUGGAAAGCAGUCCAGCUGCUCCUUGAAUAU